AAAAAUGUAGCAGCCAUUUCAUAUUACUCCGUGUCCUUAUCACCAUGGACACGAUACUAAAAACGAUGGUAACUGUAGUCAUGGCAACCAAAUGCAUAACAGGCACGAACCCAUUUACCGCCCCUGGCCUGAUCCAGAUGGAAUACGGAUUGGAUAAUACGCUGUUGAGCGCAUUUGAUGCAAACACGGAGACAAAAACUCACCUUGCGGAAUACCCAGGCAGGAAGUUCAAUUUUCUGUCGGUGUACCCUCUGGGACAGGCGUGUGUUGUAUUUGACGAACGAAGCAAAGCGAUUUGUAAGGUCACUUAUAGUUAUGGACUAUGGCAUCAACCUGUGUGUACAGAGACGUUUGGAACCGUCAAUGGACUGGACAUUGAUGACGUCAGAGGUCUCGUUUUCUGGACCGACCAAGAUUUUAACGCUAUUAUGAUGGCAAGAAUCUCGAACCUGACCCAACACAGCGUGAUUGUGGACUCGUUUUUGGAUACACCAGGCGGUAUAGCUGUACACCCAGAGGCUGCCUUAUUAUUUUGGACCGAUUUUGGAACUUUGCCAAAAAUUGAGCGAUCAACUCUGAUUGGACGUGAACGAAGGACUCUUGUAAUAGGGGGCACGCCGUAUAUGUUAACACUUGACAGGGCUGGAAACAGAUUAUUCUGGGCCAACAAGGCCGAUAACUCUAUCGAGUCAUGUGACACGGAAGGAGAACGGCGCCAUCGAAUGCCCAUUAGCACUGACAGAGCGACAGCGUCUUUUGUCUGGAACAGUCUAGUUGCCUAUCAGGGCCGGUUGCUAAUGGCUUGGAAGGACAAUACUCUGACCGGUGCUCUUUCUGUUGGACUUGGUGCAGAAAACCAACGAAUGCAGUCUUUUUCUACACACUACCAGUGUAUUGCAGUCGUGCGGCAGCAACCGCAACUUCAGGGCAUAGAGGCGGAAUGUGUGGAUUGUUUCUGUCGCCUUCGUUCUGUGUACGUUAAUAGGACACUUACCAGAAUAUGUGCAUCUGAAUAUAGCUCACAUGGUUACAUGUUCUUCACUACUUCAAGAGGCCUACAUCGUAUGGAUGUGUAUCCACUUACUACAUCACAAACUCCGCAUGCGACCCUUGUUUUCCAUGGCAACCUAACUGUGUUCACUACUGACCCAGUCAAUGAGAAGAUAUUCGCAUACAGUCGUGACAACAAGUCUAUUAUGGAGAUCACCCAACGUGAAGGAUUCUGGAUAACACGUGAUCUCAUUAUGGUAACAGUGCCGGUUAAAAGUAUAGCUGUGGACUGGAUGUCACAGAAUAUACUAUGGGUAGAACAAGGAUCUGAGUAUAUUUCUGUCGCUAACUACGAAGGACAGUACCGGAAGUGGUUGAUAUCACAGGCAUGGGCAGACGACAUCCGUGUUGAUCCACACAACAGAAUGAUAUUCUGGCUUAACUCAUCCCUGGGUUUGAUAGAGGGAUCAGAUCUUGACGGGGGUGGGCGUGUCACUUUUGGUUACGCAGAUAAACAGUUCGCUGCUCUUACUAUCGACUGUGCUGCUCAACGACUCCUCAUGUUUGACUUCCGGUCAAGGGAACUGGUAUCCAUCGAUUACCUCUCUAGAGCACCUCCUGAGGUGAUCAGACAAGGGUUUUGGCACGUGACAUUCCUUGCUGUGAUUAAGGAUUACGUUGUUGUCAGUAACGACUCGAGAUGCCUAACAUUAGUAAAUACCCGGACAGGACUCCGUCUAGCCUCUAGAUAUAUAGCUGAUGACGAUAUUUUCAAAAUGGAGCUGUACCAUGUCGACAAUGUUAUCAAUACAAGUCCUUGCAUGGAAAACAAUGGCGGUUGUGCCCAACUGUGUCUCCCUAACCAGUCCACAAGGAAGUGUAGCUGUGGAUUCGGUUACCAUGAAGUCUCCAGCAGUAAUAGAUGUUCUUCUUAUCUUAUGGGGAUUUCUUUCCUGUUGAUUGUUGAUCAAAGAGCACCUGCCAUUUACCAAUAUUACCACGAUCACCACAGACGUCCUAUCGACCGUUAUACCAUUGUCCCAGCGGUAAUCCGGGGACAACCGUACGCUGUUACAUACGAUAAUAGAGCCGAAUAUAUAUAUUGGUCCGAUAUUCAACUGUUUACCGUGAGUCGAAUACAACGCAAUGGUCAUUCCCAGGAAAUAGUAUAUCAUGACGAUUUUCUCUAUGCACUUGACUUGGCUAUGAGUGUGUCCAUGCGCUUGCUGUUUAUAGCCGACUAUUCCCGGGACCGAAUUGUUGCCCUCAACGUACACAACCUUCGAACCUUCAUCUUUUCUGAUCCAGUCAGCCGAGCUUACGGCCUGAGUCUGGAUCCUACCAACAGGUAUUUGUAUGCGAGCGGUUAUGGAGAGACUCCUAACUUCGUACGCUUUGAUAUGCACACAAGGGGCAUCUCGAGGGAACAACUACAAAUGUUUGUGUCGCCAGGAAAGCUCAUAGUUCAUGCAACAGGUACAUAUCUAAUUGAAGAGUAUUACAGAACAAUUGUGCUGAUAGACAGUACCGGUAACGUGCAAGAUUUUAAACGAUUCCCAGAGGGUCACGUGGUACAUUUCAUUACAGCAGACAAUGAUAAUCUCUACUGGACUGAACAAACUACAAAAACUGUAUAUAGACUAAAUCUACACUCACGAAUGGAAACCACGGUGGGAGUAGAGGGAACACUGAUACAUCCUGCUGGUUUGUUUUAUUUUGGAGUGGCUAGGACAUAUACAGAUUUCAGCUGUUCUCCUCCCUGUUCGGGUAUUUGUUUACCUACCGGAAACAACCUUACUACUUGCGUUCCUGCUUUGGCACCACCUAACAACAAUCUUCAAAAUAGUGAUGUAUGCAUCGUCCCUAGCAAUGGCGAUAUUCAAUUUGGUCAGGUGAUAGGGCUCCGGCCUGAUUCGAUCGUCCCUGCAGGAGUACAACUGAAGGUGCAAUGUCUACCUGCCCAUAGUGUCGACGGAUUAGACACUGGCAUAUGUCGUUUUAAAACCUGGACAAUCAUUCCUAGGUGUAAACCCGACACGAAAAUUUACGGAACACGGAAUGGCGGAUGGACGAUCUUUUCACGAUCUGGUUACUUUUACGUGUAUUCUUGGAUGACGACAGUGAAGGUUGUUGUGAUUGGUGGUGGAGGAGGUGGUUAUCCAUUUUCUGUUCAGGGAGACAGCGCUGGGGACGGUCAAAGAUCGAGGUUUGGUAACGUAACUAGUCUGAUAUCAACUGCAAGUGGAGGCCUUGGGGGCACGUUGGCGUCAGGUGGAGCUGGUGGUGUUGGUGAACGGAAUUCUGGGUCAUCUGGAAGCUUCACUCUUAAUACGUGUUCCCGUGGAGGAUCUGUAUGGGACUCCAUACCAAGUAAAAUAAGUAGUUUGUUCUGUGACAACGCCUACGGACCACACAGUUGUUUUUCUGACCAGGCAUACAGUAAUAUUACUAUCAGAAUAAGGCGUGACUGUCGUAUGGACACUACAUGUAAAUACUUUGGUGAUGGAGCAGAGUCAAUGAAUGGUGGUUCCGGUGGUGGCGGUGGCUACUCUAGACCCAGCCGCUCAAUUUCGGCAUACCGCAACACACUCAUUCCAAUAGAAGUUGGGCGGGGAGGUGAACCGUCAUACGCACCUGCUGGAGGGGGCGUGGUUAUCGUGUGGUGGGGUUGGGACGAGGAACUGAGUGACGUGGAGACAGCUGAUAUAGAAGCGCUGUGCACUGAAACAUCUAAUAUAGGACCGUAAUUGCAUGGUACCUAUAAUAGUACCGCACAUCAUUAUUCCAGUUAUGUUGGUUUUUCAUUCACGGGAAAGAAACCAUUCCCUGCCGACAUCAAGAAAACACCAGACCCUGGUUGUCCAAAGGCUCGUCAAAGAUAACUUUUUGUUAGUUAAAAGUUAAAAAUAUUAAUUAAACAAAAUUGGAAACAUUAUUUACCAUUUCCUUGCUGUUUUGUUGUAAAAGGUCAGAUCGAAAUGUUUUGAGUGUUCAUUUUGCCUUUCAGGUUUUCUAAAAAAUAUUUUCAAUAACUUUCACGAACCACAAAUUAGCUCUAACUUUUGAGGAACCCGUACCAGAUGUAUUCAUUUAUCCAGAAUCAUUUUUGACUACAGUUCCGGUCAAGAUUUUUUAUCAAUCAUAAUAUUUCUAGGUACUUGUUUUGAAAUAUACAAUUUGUAUCUGUUUGAUUCACACAAUACCAAUAUUUAGAUAUAUAGAUAAUAUAGAAUAUAGGACUAGAAUAUUGUGAAGGAGAAUUUAUAUAUUUUCUUCCAAUACUUAAUUUUGUUUCUUAAUGAACUUCAUUUAAUAGAUGCUAAAUUGGCUUCAA